GAGCACGAGCGCAAGCGGAACCGGAAACUGACAGAGAGACAAGCAACGCACGGAGAAUCGGGUCCGCGUGCAAGGAAAGCGCGUGGCAGCGACAAGCAUGAAGCGACCAAAGUUAAAAAAGGCGAGUAAGCGCAUGUCCUGCGCUAAACGUUUUAAAAUCCAGAAAAAGAUUCGAGAACAUCACAGAAAAGUCAGGAAAGAGGCAAAGAAGAGCGGAAUCAGACGGAAGAUCAAGAAGGACAUCGGCGUCCCGAACAGCGCACCAUUUAAGGAGGAAGUCCUCAGAGAAGCGGAGCAGAGAAAGCAAGAGCUUGAAGAGCUGAAAGAGAAGAACAGACUGACGAAGCAGAAGGAACGAGCCGAGAAGAGAAAGAAGGGUAAAGAAGAAAGCGGUGAGGACACGCGGGCGAAGAAAAAGAAAGUGAAAAAGGAGGAGAAAGUAAAGGCGCAGAGGGAAGCGAGGGCGGCUGUCGCAAAAUCGAAAAGCUCAAAGAAGUUCAGAUGCAGCGAAUUGAAUAAGGUUAUUGAGGCCUCUGAUGUGAUCUUGGAAGUCCUGGAUUCCAGGGACCCUAUGGGCUGCCGCUGUCCUCAGCUGGAGGAAGCCGUGUUAAAACACGAGGGGAAGAAACGGCUGCUGUUUGUGCUAAACAAAAUCGAUCUUGUGCCCAAAGACAAUCUGCAGAACUGGGUGCAGUUUCUUCAAACGCAGUGUCCUACGUUUGCCUUCAAAUCAUCCGCACACCUCCAGGACAGGACUGUGCUUGAGAAGAAACAGAGAGCCGCCAACUGUAUCAUCGAGCAGACCCGAGCAGGAGCGUCCUUCGGCUGCGAUUCUCUCAUGCAAACACUCAACCACUUGGCCGACAAUCAAAGCAGUGAGACUAUGCUGAAAGUCGGUGUCGUCGGUUUCCCGAAUGUUGGAAAGAGCAGCAUCAUUAACACUUUAAAAGGCAUCCGAGCGUGUAAUGCUGGAGUACAGCCAGGACUGACCAAAUGUAUGCAGGAAGUGCACAUCUCUAAAAAUGUGAAGAUGAUUGACUGCCCAGCCAUAGUGGCAGCUCCUUCGAACUCCGGAGAGAAGCUGGUGCUGAGGAGUCUGCAGUUGGACAGUAAAGAGCAGAGUCCUCUCGACGGUGUCAAGACUGUAUUGAAACAGUGCAACCAGCAGCAAAUCAUGUUGCAUUACAACGUCCCCGACUACAGAAAUUCUCUGGAGUUUUUGACCUUCUUCGCCCAGAAGCGUGGCUUGCUGCAGAAAGGUGCGCUGCCCAACACGGAGCAGGCUGCAACGGUGUUUCUCAACGACUGGACCGGAGCUAAACUGAGCUUCUAUAGCAAAGUACCAGAGAGAGAGGGCCUCCCUCCACACCUCACUGAAGCCAUGGUUACAGAAAUGCAGACGGGUGUCGAAUUGGACCGAUUGAAAAUGGCCAACGAGCAGAUUAUUAAACGUGUGCGAAAUCCAAAACUUUCUGCCACUAUAGUGUUCAACUCGAAGGGCAUGACUGCUGGAAUUCUGAAUGUCGGUGAAAUCCCGGAAGAAAAACACACACUGGGGGAGGAAGAGGAGGAGAUUGAGGGGGAUGAAGAUGGUGAAGAAGAUGAUGAUGAUGAUGAUGACGACGAUGACAUGCUUGAGGAAACAGAAGAAGUGGAGGACAUCGAGGAGAUCGAGACCCCCGACCCAAAGGAGACCCAAACUCAGAAAACAUGUAACCAGAAGAAAGGAAAUACAAACCGUGCUUCCUUCAACAUCGAUCUGUUGGCUGCGCAGAAGAACGACGACGACGCCUACGAUUUCAGCACAGACUUUGUAUAAGAUGUCGCAUCCGCAAAGAAUAGAAUUCACCUGGAAGAGUCAUUGUUUGUCAAUUGUGAUAUACAUGGCAUAUCUGUAUAAUCCAUUAACUAAUAUCUGGCUGAAAACACAUUUCUGUUGAUCUGACAGAACCAGUUGUGUAUAUAUGACGGGUAAUUAAACUAACUUUUAAUUUUCUGUA